AUGAACCUUGACAACUACUUCGCCAAGUUCCUGCAGAAGAGCAGCGGUCGGAGCGCAAAAGGAGGCGAGUCGGAGAAAGCCACGCUCUCCUCCGCCGCCGGGGCUGGUGUGCCGGUGACGCCAGCCACCGCCACCUCGUCGAAGCAGUUCAGCGAAGGAGGGGGCCACAAGCCCUCGCAGGGUGGAGGUCAAUCACCCGGGGACGCGGCCGAAGCGCAGGUUCAGCCUUCGUGCGGCUCACCGAAUGCAGCCUUCGACCAGUGUUACCAGCGUCAGCAACAGUGGGACGCUGAUGCAACGGAGGCGAUGACCGUCACCGCAUUGCCGGAGAGCACACACCAGCGUGCACCGUCAUUGAAGAGGUCUCGCGAGGCGGCGAUGACGACAUCGUCCUCUCCCGCUCCGUCUCACUCAGCGAUGGACGCGCCCGCGGCAACGAGGCUCCUCACAUGCCGCGCAGCCUCGGAGGACGACGAUGAUGAGCUCGCGCUACUGCUGGGCUCGCAGAAGGCAAAGCAGGUGCGCGAGGCGGACGCCAUGCUGGAGGGCGUGGCUCGUGCGCAGCAGGCCCCCUCGCCGCCGUUGUCGUCGUCGUCACCUGGGCAUGCUAGCAACGGCGUCGUGGGCACCUCCAGUGCGUGCGCGGUGGGCAUCCUCGCCUGGCAGACGUCGUCCUCGGCGACGCGAGAGACCAUCGCACGUUACUUCCAACGCCAGCUGGAGUGGGAGCUGCACCACAGUGCCGACCUUUUCGCCGCCUUCGAACCCUUCUUCAAGGACCGCGCACUGGACCGCAUCGCCGCCAACGAUGCACUGCGGCCGGUGCUGCACGCCGCGCCGCUGUCCAUUACGAGCGAGACGGUAGGAGCCCUGCCGGGGUGCGCGCUGCGCUCCUAUCAGGUGGAGGGCGUGCAGUUCCUCCUGAGUCACUUCCAUCGCGGCAUGUCAGCCAUCCUCGGCGAUGACAUGGGCCUCGGUAAGACUGCGCAGGUGUCCGCCUUCCUACACACCCUGAAGCAGCUGCACAACAUCGACGGCCCACACCUCAUCGUCGCCCCUCUUUCCACACUGACGAGCUGGACGCGUGAGCUGGCGCGGUGGGCGCCGCAGCUGCGGGUGGUGAAGUACCACGGUGAGCGCCGUACACGCGCCGCCAUCAGCUCCGGCCGCCACAACCGCCACGCCGUAUUCGUGACGACGCCGGCACUACUCCACCUCGAUAAGCGCUUCUUCCGUAAGCGCGCGUGGGUGACGGUCGUGGUCGACGAGGCGCAUGUGCUCAAGGCGCACGACACGGCCAUCACGUCCGCGUCACGGAAGCUCACAGCGUGCUACCGGGUGGCGGUGACGGGCACGCCAGUGCACAACAACGUGCAGGAAGUGUGGAGCCUGAUGAGCUUUCUCUACCCCUGGCUCAUGGCCACCUACGACCCACGCGCGCGCGACCCGGUGCGGCAGGCGGAGGAGUGUGCCAAGGUGCUGCAGUACAUCAUGCUGCGCCGCACCAAGGCAGACGUGGAGCUCGGCAUCCCGCCUCGCGUGGAUGAGCCGCUGACGAAGCUGGUGCCGACCGACAUACAGCUGCAGCUGCUCUCCUUGCUGACGGCACACGCUCUGCAGGAAAGUAGCACUGGCCAUCAGCUGCAUGGCCACCUCAGCCACCAGAGGGCCGUGUGCAACCACCCACUGGCGCUGCGUCUGCUGGCGGACAAGGGGCGCACGCACGGGUCACAGGGGUCGGUCGAGAAGCGCAUGCGAGCUGCCGGAGUGCCCAUGGACGCGGCGCACCUCAUCGACCCCAGCGCCAAGAUGCGCUACCUCGACACGCUGCUGCCGCAGCUGAAGGAACAAGGACACCGCUGCCUGAUCUUCUCGAACUUCACCACGACGCUGGAUCUGCUCGAGGCCAUGUGCCACCUGCGCGGCCACAGCUACGAGCGGCUGGACGGCAGCUGCAACCGAGUCGAGCGGGAGCUGUCGAUACUGCGCUACAACCACCCCGCCUCCUCGUGCUUUCUCUUUCUGGUCACCACCACCGCCGGCGGCGUCGGCGUCACCCUCACCGGCGCUGACACAGUGAUUCUCUUCGAUGCACACUUCAACCCGCAGCUUGAUCGGCAGGCAGCGGACCGAGCGCACCGCAUCGGUCAAGCACGCACCGUGCAUGUGUACCGCUUGUGCCUGCAGGGCACCAUCGAGGAGCAUAUCCGCGACAUUGCGGCCCGCAAGGCGUACCUCGGUGACUUCAUCGUCGAAGGAGGCCAGCGUCACGGCGCGCGUGGGUGCGGCCGCUCUGCCAACGACGGCGCCGAUGCCCCAUGCAUCACCGCGGACGACAUUCGCGAAAUGCUUCAGCAGCUCGACGAAAAGCAACACGCGAAGCAGCAGACCGACGGGUCCUCUGUUUCUUCACCGACUUUGCUGCGCCCCUCCGACGGGGCGGAGGGCAGCACCAGUAGCGGUAGCCAAGCGGCGGCGGACGCGAUGGUGAAGGACCUCCUGCGUGUGGUGGAAAAAGGGCUGCAAGGCGCUGCGGCUACUGCGGGAAUCCACGGCGCUGGCCGUGGACUGGCCUCGCCGCCCAAGCAGACGCACAGCUGCUUCUGCUGCGGUGGCAUCAUGCAUCCGAUGGAGCCGCUGCUGCACUGCAUGGUGUGCCCGAAGGCUUAUCACGCCGCCUGUAUCGGCGAGCGGCCGCCGAGGCCGGGGGAGGCGGUCAAGCGCUUCUGGUCGUGCCCGCGGCAUGAAUGCUUUUCGUGUGGCAAGCAGCAGGCGGCCGAUGGCGCCAUCUUCAUGUGUGACGCGUGCCCUCGCUCCUUCUGCUUCGACUGCCUCGACCCGCGCUACCUGGAGAUGAACGCGUCCGGGGCCCAAUUGCUGCACAUCCGCGAUACCUACGCUGGGAUGGAGGAGGAGGAGGUGGAGCCGAGACGGUCUUGCUACUAUGUAACGUGUCUGCGGUGCUGUGGACUGCUCUCCUCGUCGUCAAGCUCUGCUUCGGAAGACACGGACGAAGUCGAUAGUGAUGAGGACGACGUUAGUGACUGCGACAUGGCGACCGCGGUGGACAGCGACGGCCUCGCAAGUGUUGAUGGCCACGGCGGUGCAGGCGUCGAGAACGGCGACAACUGA